AUGCCGGUCCUCACGGCAGGAGCGGGGCUACAUGAAACGUUGGCCCUGCUGACCUCUCAGCUGCGUCCUGAUGCCAAUCACAAAGAGGACAUGGUGUUCCUCAAAGAUGUCUUCAGCGAGAGAAGCUUGGGAUACCUCAUGAAGAUUCAUGAGAAGCUGAGACAGUAUGAGAGACAGAGUCCAACACCUGUCCUCCACAGUGCCGCUACUCUGGCAGAGGAUGUAAGUACGCCACACAAUUUGCAGGUGGCAGAGGAGCUGCAGAGUGGACCAAUGAGCACUGAGGAGAAGGAGCUGCUGCAACUGCUUACCUCACCACAUCUAAAGGCCGUUCUCUCUGUGCACGACACCGUGGCUCAGAAGAACUUUGACCCCGUGCUCCCGCCGUUGCCAGAUGACUUUGACGACGAACUGGAGGAGGAGUCGGUGAAGAUUGUCAGGCUGGUGAAGAACAAGGAGCCUCUGGGAGCCACCAUCAGGCGUGAUGAGGCUACUGGGUCAGUGAUCGUGGCUCGAAUCAUGAGGGGAGGCGCAGCUGACCGAAGUGGUUUGGUACAUGUAGGAGAUGAACUCAGGGAAGUCAACGGCGUCUCUGUGAUCCACAAGAGGCCUGAUGAGAUCAGUCAGCUGCUGUCCCAGUCCCAGGGCUCCAUCACUCUGAAGAUAAUCCCUGCCAUUAAAGAAGAGGACCGGCUUAAGGAGAGCAAGGUGUACGUGAGAGCCUUGUUCGACUACACCCCCUUGGACGACAAGGCCACACCCUGCCAAGAAGCAGGACUUCCCUUCAAGCGGGGAGACAUCUUGCAGGUGGUGACCCAGGACGACCAUACGUGGUGGCAGGCAAAGCGUGUGGGGGACAGCAACCUGCGGGCCGGGCUCGUCCCAUCCAAACAGUUCCAGGAGAGGCGACUGGCCUACAGGAUCAAAAUGGGCACGCUCCCGAAUCCAAAAUCCCCUAAAAAGCCUGCCUAUGACCAAGGAUGUGAUAAAGAGGACUGUGACUGUGAGGGCUAUUUCAAUGGACAGUACAUAGCUGGUCUGCGGAGAAGUUUCCGGCUGAGUCGUAAAGACAGGCAAGGGUCUUCAGGUGAGGGCUCAGAUGCCGAAGAUUCAGACUUCUUGACCUACGAGGAGGUGGCUCGCUACCAACAACGGUCCAAUGAGAGGCCCCGUCUGGUGGUUCUGAUUGGUUCUCUUGGAGCACGGAUCAAUGAACUCAAACAGAGGGUGAUUGCUGAAAACCCACAUCGUUAUGCAGUGGCUGUACCACAUACCACUAGGCCCAAGAAACCUCAUGAGAAGGAGGGUGUAGAGUACCACUUUGUCACCAAACAGCAAUUUGAUGCAGAUGCCUUGAACAACAAGUUCAUAGAGCAUGGGGAGUACAAGGAGAACCAGUAUGGCACCAGCAUAGAGGCUAUUCGCUCUGUGCAGGCCAAGAAUAAGAUGUGUAUAGUUGAUGUGGAGCCUGAGGCCCUGAAGAGGCUGCGGACAGCAGAGUUUAAACCCUAUGUGAUAUUUGUCAAACCCCGUGUUCCUGAGAGUAGACGUCGCCGCAGCGCUACCACCUCACCAGGAGGGGGAGACCAUGGCCGUGUUACAGACGAGGACCUCCAGGAGAUGCGUCAGUCUGCCAUUCAGAUUGAUCAGCAGUACGGACACCUGGUGGACCGGGUCCUGAUCAAGGAGGACUCAGCCAGUGCUUGUUCAGAGCUGAGAGGUAUUUUGGAAAGGCUGGAGCGAGAGUCCUUCUGGGUGCCCCUCAGCUGGGUGCGGACCUAA